CUCGGAGUGAAGUAUGAAAAGGAAAGAUCGCAGGAUUCAGGCAGUGUUCUUCAGCUGUUCUUGCUCUCAGGGACAGAGAUUCUCCGAAGUUUCUGUGCAGUUUACGAGCGAGAAAAAUGGAUGUGCCGGAAGAGGCGGAAGCAGUGGUGAUCGGAGAAGAGGAGGAAGAAGAGGACGAUGGGCCGCCGCCUGGAUUUCAGUGCAUCAUAAAUCGGCAGCCGGAAAAAGUUGAACCCGAAGACGAUGAGGAUGGAGGUGGAGAUGAAGAUGAAGAUGAAGAUGAAGAUGAAGAAGAAGGUCCGCCGCCUGGUUUCGAUUCGGUGGUCCCGAACCCUAAUAAGCCGUCUAUUCCGCCUCCUGAUAUGGGAAUGAGCACCCAACAUGAUGGUGAUGAGGAGGAGGAGGAGGAGGAGGAGGAGGAUGAAGAUGGGCCACCUCCGGGUUGGGAGUUCAGUAAUCUUGUAAAUACAUUACCUGAUCCUGUACCAAAUGAAGCAGAUGUGAAGAUGGAGAGCAAUGAAGAAUUAGAUGAAGGGCCUCCGCCUGGAUGGGAAGCAGUAGUGCCACAUCAAAUGCCACAGCCGAGCACACCACCAUUGCAGCCAUCAUCAACUGUUUCUUCAGAUAUUGAAAUAGGAAGCAAACAAACAAAUACAAGGAUCAGUAAUGAAGCGUCUCCAAUGGUGUCCCAAUCCAUUUCCUUGCAAGGACAUUCAUCGCCAGCUGAACCGCCUAUACAGAAGCUAUCAUCAGCUGACUUGACCAGUGUGACGAAAGACGAUGACAAAAUUAUGGUGGACAAAAAGCCUAGAUCCAUGCCCCAACCUGCAUCUCCAUUACAGCAGCCUAUACCAACUCACCGGCUAGUUGCAUCAGGUCCAGCAAAAUCUGGAUCGGAAAAGGCACAGCUUGUUUGUGGUACUUGCCGAAAACUGUGCAUCUAUCCUCGAGGAACAAAAUGGGUACAAUGUCCAGGAUGCCAAGAAGUCAAUUUUGUCCUCGAAGCCCAUGACGUUGGCCAAAUCAAGUGCGGAGGGUGCAAUGUUCUGCUCAUGUAUCCGCACGGAGCGCCAGCAGUUCAAUGCUCUUCGUGCCGCACUGUAACAGAAAUUGGCGCACACAAUCGAAGACCCCCUCUUUCUAUUCAGAUUCAACAGGCUCAGCGACGACAUCGAGUGAUGACGCGGGCACGUUAGCCUUUCUGCUCUUUAUCUUGUAGGAUUAUCUUGUUGGUUUUGUUGUCUUUUUUUAUUUUUCGUUAUAUGUCAGCAUUAUUUUCCAUGAAUAUGGUAUGCCUUAGAAGUUAAUCUUCUUUGUUAUCAAUCUCAACUACUGCUAGCUGCUCAAGGUCCGGCCUAGAUUUAAAUUUGUAUGUAUUUAUAUAUAUCUCUAUAUAGAUGAUAAUAUCUAAUUGAAAAUAAAGUAUUUUUUUCGUGCA